AUGACACUGUCACUCAUUUGAUAUUUCAAAACAAAACAAUUUUAUUAACGGUUACCAUCUCAAAGAAAAUUGAGAAUAAUCAAGUUUAAGUAUUAAAAAACUAUUUAGAAAUAUGACGAUGUCGGUAAGCUCGUCAGAUUCGGAUGAGGAGUUUCAGUCAUACUCUGAGAGGACCUUGGCUAUCAUUAAGCCGGAAGCCUAUGAAGAUACCGAGGCUAUAGAGAAUCAUAUUAAAAAUCAUGGAUUCACCAUAUUAGCUAGACGAGAAGUACAUCUAACUCCGGAGCAGGCGGCGGAGUUAUACCGUGGACACUAUGGCCGACAAGUAGCGGAGGCGCAGGCCUACUGGCCGGACAGUUUGCGCGCAUGCUACGGCCGGCGCACUAAGUACGGCGACUACUUCAACGCGCUGCACGGCAGCAAGGAGCACGCGGAGGCUUUGAGAGAGAUACACUUCUUCUUUCCCAAUAUGAUCGUUGGACCUUUACUUCGACAAAUGCAGAUAAAUGAUUACAUACAGAAGCAUUUGGCAGCAACUUUGGGGCCGGGGCUCGCGGCACUAACUAGGGAGAGACCCGCGGAGCCGAUACUCUGGCUGGCGAACUAUUUACACAGGAACAACCCUAAUGAACCAGAAAUGGGACCUCCCAGUCACGAAAUACGCGAUGAUUAUAGAUGCCAUACGCCCGUACCUUCAGAAAUAUAGAUUUUUCAUAACUGAACAAAAAUUGUUACUUUUUAUAUUAAUUUAUGU